CAAAAAAAAAUGUUGGAAAAUUCAUCACUAGUCUCUGCCUGGUGCAAGCCGCCGCUCAUUCAGUCCCUCGUCUGACUUCGCAUCCCGCUGCCCGCGACUGCGAACCCGAUCUCGAUUCGAUCCCCCGCUUCCAUGGCGGCCGCCCUCUCCUCCUCGCGGCGCGCCCUCCACACCCUCCACCGCCGCCGCCUCCUCCACCCCGCCCCCUCGCCCACCGCCGCGCGGCUCUCGCCUCCCGCUCCCGCUCCCGUCCCCAUCCCCCGCCACUCCCCCAUCCCCUCCUCCUCCCCUUCCUCACGCUUCUUCUGCACCGCGCGCCCAGAUGCGAGGCUGGGGCACUGGAUGCUGCCCCCGCUGCCGCAGCGGGUGCAGCGGCUUGUGGGCGGGGUCAGGUCGGUGUCGACCCGCGGCGGGUUCAAGCUGGCGCCGCUGGGGCAGGGGGUGAAGGGGCUGGGGCGGCCCGUGGAGGCGGCGAGGACAGCGGCGGCGCGCUACCGGGAGGCCGUCGGGCUGCAGGUCGAGGCCUUCUGGAGGCGCAACUACAUGAUCCUCGUCGGCGCCGGGGGCGUCAUCGUCUGCAUCGCGCUGUGGAGGAUCAUGUUCGGGGUCGCCAGCACCUUCGUCGGCCUCUCCGAGGGAAUGGCUAAGUACGGGUUCCUUGCCCUCGCCACCGCCAUUGUCGCCUUCGCCGGUAUGUAUGCACGUGCAAGGUUGACCAUAAACCCUGACAAGGUUUAUCGGAUGGCUAUGACAAAGCUCAAUACAUCUGCUGCAAUCCUCGAAGUCAUGGGUGCACCCUUAACUGGCACUGAUGUCAGAGCAUAUGUUAUGUCUGGAGGAGGCCCUAAAUUGAAGGACUUCAAAUUUAAGCUGGGUGGCAAACGGUGUUUCCUCAUAUUCCCCAUCAAAGGAUCAGAAAGAAGGGGUCUUGUAAGUGUUGAGGUCAAGAAGAAAAAGGGACAGUAUGACAUGAAGCUACUAGCUGUUGACAUACCAAUGGAAUCAGGGCCUGACCAACAGCUAUUCCUUGUCGGUGACGAACAAGAGUACAAGGUGGGCGGAGGCUUGAUAUCUGAGCUGCGAGACCCCAUCUUAAAAGCUAUGGCUGCAGAGAAGGAGUUUGAUUAUCUCGACGAAAGAGAGGACGCAGAGGAUGAACGCAGGGAGCGUGAGGAGGCUGAGCGACGGCAACGGGAAGAAGAGGAGGAAGCAUUGAGGCGUGAGGAGGAGAGACUGCGGGAGGAGGCUGCAGAGCGGAGGCGGCGGGAGGCGGAGAAUCUGGAGAAAGCAUCUUGACAUCACCUGUAUCAAAUUUUCGCCUUGUUCAUUGUUUUCUUUCCCUUCACCCCUCAAUGUAGCAAUCGGCCUUCCGGCAGUAAAGAGAAGAUUGCAUUUGAGUUUUCAGUUGGCGGCCGGCCGUCACCAUUCACAGCGUGUUCAAGAAAGUAAUAAUUUUGGCUGCUCUGCAAUGAAUUACUUGGGGAGCAAUGUAAUUUAGUGGAUGAUUAAUGGCUAUCUUUUUGCUGCACAUCUGGCCUGGUGCUAUGAGAAUUGAGAUGACCUUAGGCCCUGAGCCAGUUUACCUGCUUC